CUCUCCCCCGUCUGUGUACAUGUACCCGAGAUAUUGAACAUUUGUAGCUUCUGCGUUUUAAAGGUGUGAUAUAAGCCACUCUGCGGGCUACGAGCCGUCACGGGAACGUGAGUAAGGGUGUGUUUUGUUCGGACCAUGUCGUGUGCGGCUGCUGCGCGGAGGGCAGCGCGGUUUUAGACGGCCAGCUCUGUUUGGUUGCGGAUUGCUAGCUGUGGGUAUCGCAGCUGGGUUAGCUUAGUUGAUGUGUGCCGGAUGCCCGUCCGUUGCGGAUGUGGUGCAGAAUAAAUGCGCGUUGAUGCGACAGAUUUAACAUAAGACGCAGUUUAAAUCCCCCUCCGUGAAUUCUUGCGCGUCCGAGACUUUACUGUGCUGCUCUUUCGUUUCGUUUCUCAUGCACUCGGCUGCAGCGACUGGGACUCACGUUAACGUUUCCUUUUGUGCUCUUCAUUUCAGACCUCCACGAUUCUCCACCACCUUCUGUCUUUGGCAGAGCCUCCUUCUAUGAAAUAGGCAGUGCAUAUUGCCCUUGCACCAGUCUAGCUCAGCACAUAUUCUGCUCGUUUUCCCCAGAAUAUAUGAACUCUCUAUUCCCCUCUUGGAUACAAGCCAAAAACAACAACACAUCAACCCAGUUUUUAUGCUGAUUGAUUUUAUAUGUGCCCAUUUGGACACAGCCUUCCACUGCAGGUCUGCACUCUUUCUGUUAAAGCCAGGUGCCACCUUGUAUCAAGCAAACCUUGGUCUUGGCCGGGUGUGCGUCGGAUCGGAGAGCACCAAGCCAUCACUGUGAUGGCAUGUCAGCCACUUUGUGAAUGGCACUGUGUCUGCCGGUCCGAUCAGUGUGGCUGUCAACCAGGCCUGAUCCAUGACGGAGUACUACGAGGAGGGGGGGUUGCUGUAUGAGCACUCACCUCCCAUGCACAUUAAAGUGGAGUCCCCGGAGGGUCCUUUUGGAGGGGGUGUCUCAGAAGAUGGCUUUCCCCGGGAAGAUGAUGACUCGGACGGUAGCUGCGAUCAGAGUAGUGGACUGCCUGGUAGCCUGCCGUUCAACGUGGUGGUAGUACAUCCUAACAUUGUUGCCCCUGGAGUAUCCUCUGAUGAACUUAUUCCGAUUGAACAAAACAGAAGUGUUUCAGCAGCGCUGGCUUCAGGGGGUGCGGGCAAAAGGAAGAGUCGCUUUAGUGGUGCUGAGCUGGAGGUGUUGGUGUCAGAAGUGACCAGAUGUGAAGGAGAGUUGUUUGGGCCGGCUGGUAGGCUCAGGCGCCGGGAGAGAGAGCGCAUCUGGGCAGGGAUCCUGGAACGCGUGAACGCCGUGUCACGAGUCCCACGCACCCUUCGAGAAGUUAAGAAACGCUGGGAUGACCUGAAGAGACGCAACGGUGGAAGGCUAGCAGAUGCCAGGCACCGCUCCUGCUAUCUGCCGUCCAGCAGAGGAACUGCAGUUUUGGGAGGGCCUCCUCAGUUGAGUCCCAGGUUCCAGCAGGCCCGUCAGAAGCUUAAUACAAGGGGAAAGGCCAGUUUCACCUGUCUGUCUGACACUGAUCCAGUUGCAGGAGGAGACGGUUCUGAAAGAGAUGGUUUUGAAAAGGAGGACGAGUCUGGGGAGCAAGAAGGUGAAGAAGGAAACAAAGAUUGUGAGGCUGUAGAUAACAGCAUGGAGGACAAACUGGGGUUAGGUCUGGGUUUAGGAAUAGUACCACCCCCAACAUCCGAGCGCUGGCUGCCGCCUUCACCACUCUAUAGUGCUCCCUUCCUCAAUGGGACUCCUCAGCCCAGUCCAGAACCUUCCCUUGGAGCUCAUCAAGGCCCACUCGAGCCCCCUCCAUCACGCACUUCCUGGCUGGAGGAUGAACUUAGGGGACUUGGGGAGGCAGCUGUGCAGCUCGGGGAUCGGCUGGAACAGAAUCUGCGCGAGUUCGGCGAAGGGUUCAGGCGUGACAUGCGGACACUGGUGGCUUCUCAAGAGGCCCUUACAAUAAGCUUGCAGCAAAACAAUGUGCUUUUGCAGCGACUGUUAGGACUUCUCGAGAUGCAGCAUCAGCAAAAUCAGCCUCCGCAGCAGCAGAUCCUACAGCAACAGCUUAUCCAGCAAUCAUCACAAGAACUUUCACGGCAUCAGCAGCAACAACAAGGAACUCCGUCACAGCAGCAGUUACCCCAGCAGCUUGAACAAGUUCCUCAAAAUGCGAAUGAGCAGUUAGCAUCUGUUACUUCAGUACCCCCACCUCCAGAUAUUUUAGAUGGCACUUCUCAGCCUGAACCGUCAAUUGUGAUAAACGCUCAAAGGCCACGCCGCGGGAGAACAGUAGACCACAGGAGAAGACGUAGACACUAGAUAUGUAAAUUGUCUUCAUUUACUAUAGCCCACUGAAGUCGGAUUGUCGUUUUGCAGUCAGUGCCCAGAAAAGGAGCUCAGGGUCUAAGCUGGUUUUCUCUAUGGGAAAAAUGAAUGGUGUUUUUGGAAAUCAGCGCUAUUGCGCUCUGUAGUAAACAAAACUCGCUGCUUUGUUUUUGUCCUGCAUAUCGUCGCUGUCCAAUGAAAAACAUGUAUCUCCAUUUUUUGCUAUUUUCACUUUUCUGCAUCAUUUAAACUCAGCAGCUGUCCUUUACAUUGUGUGUAAAUUUCAUGAUGAAUGGACCAAUAGAAAUGCUCCACAAAUCCUAAGAAUAAAAUGUCUUUCUAUUAGCUUGCAUUGAAAGUUAAGAACAUUUUUGCUCUUUCCUGUAAAGUUACUCAUUUGGAGAUGCCUGUUUUUCUUUGGACCGGGACACACAUUCUAUGCACAUUUUCCCACAAACUUCACUGGAUCCUCUGAACUGAGGUCAUUUACUGAGUCGAAUUAUGAGCAUUGCUACAUGCGAGCUAACACUGCUGCGCACUGAAUUGAAAAUGGGAAACUCACCAAAAUACUCCAGUUAAAACCACCGAGUACCUAAUAUUUGGUGAAGUUGCUUAACUUUAGCAGUGGACUUAUGGACAUCAGUAAUGGACUUGUGUUUAUGUAAAGAUUUCAAUGCGCAGGAGUUUUUGCUUGAUUUGUAGCGUGGAUGUAGCAAUAAUCAACUCUUUAGCAACCUAAUUCAAAUGAUCCAGUGAUAUUGGGAGGAAAUUGUGCCAAACAUACCACAUGGCGUGUAUGAAUUUUUGAAUUUUGAAAAGCAUCAUUUAUUCUUCCCAUAGAGAAAAAGAGCAUAGGCCUAGAGUUCGUUACUGGGGCAUGAUGCCAACCACAUCACAAACUACUUCAGCGGUUUAUAGCUAUUUAUUUCAUCCAGUGUUUUAUAUUCUGAUGUACAGCAGGUUGUGCCAUGUCUUAAAAGCUACAAUUUAUUUGCCUGUUUCAAAUUAUGAGCUACAUGUAAAAAGUCAUAUGAGCAUCGUAUUUAAUAGGUUAUUCUGUGUCAAAUUACUGUGGAAUUGAGUAGAGGAAGUUAUACACAGCAUGGAAAAAGACAGUAAUACCUGCUAGUUUUGGUUAUUUAAUUCACUGGGGCAAGUACUGUUGCCUGGAACCCAAGGUAGUCUGCUCAAAUACAUAUCUAGGGAUAUGUCAGAUGGCUAAUAUAGGAACAGAUUAUUGUUUCAUCGUCAUAUUUUUAGCAGUUAAAACCAAGUGCCAGUCUUGGAGUGCUGCAAUACUUCAAAUAACCAUCAUCCUUAUUUAGUUAUCCUCAGGGCCUGUACACGUUUAAACAGAGCACUGAAUGACAUCAUAUGCUGGGUGCUGUUUCGUUAAAUGUUAAAAUAGUGCUGUUGUGGUUGUUUCCUUGGACUCGCUCGCUGUUUUGUAACUCCUGUGCUCUAAGUCUAAACCACAAUCAUGAAAUUACUGAGAUUUGAAGGAUGCCACUCAACACAGUGGACAGUUUAGGCUUUUAUUUAUUUUUAUAUAUAUAUAUAUAUAUAUAUUAUAUAUAAUUUUUUUUUUUUCCAGCACUCUGCAUCCCCACAUUGGCUACAACAAACACUUGAUAAUAUUCAGUCAGAUUGAUAGUGUUGUAAAACUGUACAGGCAUUUGAAUUACCAAAACUUUUAAUACUUAAUACUUUAAAAUGUAAUGUUUUUGCAUCACCUUGUAGAAUUUCAAGUAGGUUUUAUUUAAAAACCUAACUAAAAAGCAAAAUAAAUAAAGAGAUUUUAUGCAAUAAUACGAAAAAGUGAAUUAAACAUUAGAAUUAGUAGCAGUAAUAAGUCAUUUAUAUACACUCACUGGCCACAUUAUUACAUAUUAGUUGUUUAGCUGCUUGUUAAAACAAAUAGCUAAUCAGCCAAUCACACGGCCACAACUUAGGCAUGUAGAGGUGGUCAAGACACCUUGCUGAAGUGCAGGCCGAGCAUCAGAACGGGGAAGAAAGGGGAUUUAAGGGACUUUGAAC